AUGAAGAGUAAAUUUUUUUGGAUUCUAUUUUUUGUUAUUUUAUUUAUUCUUUAUGCUUCAGGAGAAGAAAAAAAUAUUAGAACAAGAUUAAACAAACUAGGAGAUGAUGAAAAUACUACAUUUACUAAUAUUUACUUAAAAAAUAAUAGAAAGAAAAAAAAAAAUAUUAAAAUUUCUAAAAAUUUUAAUCAUUCAAGUGAAAAAGAAUUAAAUAAAAGGUCAAAAAAUUUUAAAAAUGAAGACAUUUCAUUGUUAGAUUUACUUAAAAAAACGACAUUUAUUAAUUUAAAAGAUUAUAAUAUAAAUAAAACCCCAAUUCAUUUUGAAGAAUUAAAUAAAGAUAAAAUAUACUUAUCUAAAUAUAAUUUUAUAAAAAAAAAUAAAGACUUAAAUAACAUUAUAAAUUUUAUUCAAAAUAAUGAAUCGGAAUUAUCUGUUGAAAAUGAUCUAGAUAAAUUUUCACAGUUAAAUAGAAAAGUAAAUUUUAAUUCAUCUAAUGUAGAAUCUUUUAAACUCAGAUUAGAGUAUUAUAUUGACUAUGCUAAAUUAGCAAAGUCUUUCAAAGACAAUGAUUCGCAUUUUAAGACUAAUUGUUUAGCUGGAAUUCAGAAGUCAACUGAUUUUAUAAAUGAGGCCUUAAAGUUUUAUAAGGAUUUUAAAGAAAUGAUAAAACCUCCACUUGAAGGCAAUCGAAAUAAAAGCAGUCCAAGUAGUAGGAAUUCUCUUGAGUUGGAAGGUAAUAUAGAAGAGAAGGAAAAAAAAAUUGAUUCUUAUUAUAGUGAUUCUCGAUUAAAAUGUAACAAUGACUAUAUAUGCAUAUUGAAUCAUUAUUCUGUAAGUAGACGGAAAUAUAGUUCCGAAGUGUUGUUGGAAGAAAUCGAUACAGUGUUUUCAAAUUUUUUUUGCUCUAAGUACUAUAAAUUUGUUAAAGAUAAUUCUAAUUUAUAUAAGCAAGAUGAAAUUAACUUGGGACAUAUUGAAAAUUUUCUGACUUUUUCAAAAAAAGUAUUAAGAUUUGAUGAAAAUCAAAUAUAUCAAAAUCAAAAUAUGAUUGAUAAAAAAUGGAAGGAAUAUAUUAUUGAUAUUGAACAAAAUAAAGAAAUUUAUAAGGAUAAUAUAUCGAUGUUUAAUAAGUAUCAUCAAUCAUUAGUAAAUGAUGAGAAAACCUAUGGAAAUUGUGCGAAGAAAUUAUCUGCGCAAAAAAAUAAUAUAGGUGAAAAAUUGAGAAUGCAAUUAAAUUAUAUGUUAAGUUAUUAUGAUAUUAAAUUCCUUGAUGAAAAAAACAAAGAAUUAAGGAAAAAAUUACAUGAGGAAAUAAAAAAAUUUACUCAAGUAACUAAAGAUAUCGAGGAAGAAUUAAAACUAAAAAUGGAAGAAAAAGUAAAUUCAUUGCUUCAUCCUAAAAAUUUAGAUUCAGAAAUGAAAAACAUAAUUUCAGAUUCACAGAGAACAUUAAACGAUGUUGAUAAUAUAAUUGAAGAAAACUCAGUAAUUUCACAAAAUUCAUCAAAGAACUAUCAAAAUUCAAUAUUUAUUGACACUAAGGGUAAACUAAAUAAAGAUGUUGCAGAAAUAAUUAUACAUAGCGAUAAUAUAAAAAGAAUAUUUAGUUCUAUGAAUGAUAUAAAUAACAACAUUAAUUCUUUAAAAACGGAUAUAAUGAAUAUUAAAAAUAAAGAAUUAUCUUCUCACAUUGAUAGAAAAGCAGCUAUAGAGGAUUUAUUAAAUAGAAUAAUUAGCAUUGAAAAACAAAUAAAUCUAAUAAAAGAAAAAUUUGAUAUGUUAGAAAAUUAUCACAAGGAAUUAAAAAGCUUAAAAGAUGAAAUUACAAAAUUAAAAAUAAAAGUUCAGGAAAAUUAUAAAAAAUUGCAAGAAAUAAAAAAAGAAUAUGAUAAAUCUAAAGAAGAAAUUAUAGAACAAAUUAAACAAAAAUUAUCAGAAAUUAGUGAAAGUAUAAUAAAUUUGAAAAAAAUUAAGAGUUUAAGUGAAACAGAAAAUGAAGAUCUUAAAAUAACUGGAAAUUUAAUUAAUGAGGCAUCAUGUGACAUGAGUGAAUACAAAAAAAAGGAAACGACAUUAUCACACCAAUUUAACGUAGCACAAGAAUCUUUGAGAAGUACCAUUGACAAUGAGAUGCUGAGAAUUAUAUCACAAUUUACUGAGGAAAAAAAAAAAUUAAAUUAUAUGGAAUAUGAAUUAACUGAUCUGGACAAAAUACUAAAAGAAGUGAUAGAAAACUAUUCUAGAAUAAAUAGUAUUAAUGCUAAUACCGAAAAUAUUUUACAGAAUAAUAUGAAUCCUGUUUUGGAGGAUAUUGUACGGUUAAAAAAGGAUACUACGAUAAAAUUAAUAGACGAUUUAUAUCACAAUAUAGGAAAUUCCUUUAAAAGUUUUAAAGAAAUUUCACAUGAAAUAUCCGAAGAAAUAACAAUUUAUAAUUCAAAAGAUGAAACAUUAAAAAGACAUGAAAAUUAUAUUGAAAUAAAGAAAAAUCAAUUUUUUAGUAAUCUCUUUGAAGACGAAGAUAAUGAAUUACUAGGAAAAAAUAAUCUUGGGGAACUGAAAGAUCUGCAAAAUGAGAUUUCUAAUGAGAAAAAUGAAAUAACUAAAAAAAUAAAUAAUGAAGAAGAUUUAAUUAAAAUUCUGAAAAAAUAUUUGAACUCAUAUAAUAAAGUAGAAGAAUUUUUUAAAAUACUUAAUGAUUUUCAAACUUUUAAAGAACUUAAAGUUUUAAAAGAACCAAUUGAUAAAAUAAAUUUAGACGAUGUAUUAAAUGGGCAUAAAGUAAGCUUUCAAAAUAUAAAUGAAUCAAUAGAUAAUAGUACAGGAAAAAUUCAUAUAUUAAAUAAAAAAGUAGAUGCUUUCAAAAUUUUGAAUAAUUGCAUAAAUGGAUCUCAUAAAAAUGAUAAAUCAAUUGAAAAUUUAAAAAAAGAAGUAAAUACUUCAAAAGGGAAAAUAACUACAGAGUCUAUUAAAGUUAAUGAGGACAAUUCAUUAGAAGAAAGUGAAACAAAUAAUACUUUAGAUCAACUCAAAGGAAAAGAAAAAGAAAUUGAUGGCAUAAUAGCUAAGAUUAGUGAAUUAGAAGAAAAAUCAAGUAAUUUAUUAUUGUUUUAUGAAGAUAUAAAAAAAAAUGUUGAUGAAGUUAAAAUAAUAGAUGAACUAGGUGUUUACAUAGAAAAUACACAAGGAAAAAAAAAUGAAUUGACAGAUAUUACGAGAAAAAUACAUGAAUUUAAUUUAAAAAAUAUAGAAUUAGAUGGAAAUAUUGAUACCAUAAUUAAUAAUCACAAUGAUAGCAUUCAAAAAUUAUGUUAUUUGCGUAUAAUGAAAUUGGAGAAAGAUGCAGAUGGCCAAGUUCAAACAAAUUUAAAUACUUUAGAUGAAACAGAAGAAAAUUUUAAAAAUUAUGACGAAGAAAUUUAUACAAAAAAAAUUAAAAAUGAUAAUAAUAAACAAAGCGUAAAUAAUUUAGCUCAAUACAUUAAAAACAUUAUAAAGAAUAUUAAUAUACACAGAGAAAAAGUAAUAAACACUAAAAAAAAAUAUAAAGAACAAGUAGGGAAAGCUAAUGAACAGAGAAAAAAUAGCGAAAAUUCAUAUAUUCAAAAAAAAAGGAUGAUCGAAGUCUAUAAUGAAAUGAAAAAAAUAUUAGAGGAGUUAGACGUAAUUGAAAAGGAGAUUAAUCUCUCAGUAAAAGAUGUAAAUACAAAAAAAUUAGAAUAUAAUCAAACAUUAAUAAAUGCCUUUUCUGAACAGAUUAAUGAUGAAAAGGAGAAGGCUGAAGAAGAAGUAAACACUAUAAAUGUUCUUAAAAGUAAAAUUGAAGAAUUAAAGAAAAAUACAGCAGAACACUCAGAAAGUGAAUUAAAAAGUUUCAAAUAUGAAACUUAUGUUAAUAAUGCUAAAGAAAAUGAAGAUCAUAUAAAAGAACUACAAUUACAGGCUAAUAAAUUAAAAGAAGAAAUAAAUAAUGGAAAUAAAAUAUUAGUUGAUACUGAAAAUAUCCUAAAAAGAAUAGAAGAAAUAUUGGAUGAAGUUAUAAAACGAAGAAAUGAUAUACGAAUAUCAUUAGAUGAAAUUGCAAAUGUAGAAAAAUUAUUGAUGACGCAAAAGUUGAAGGCUAUAAUGGAUUAUUUAAGAGAUAAUAUGAAAAAAGUUGAAGAAGAAAAUGUAAAGGCGAAAAGUGAAUUAGCAAAAUCAGAAGAAGCCAAAAAUAGGGUAUUAAUGUAUUUUCAGAGAGCAGAAAAAUUAAAAGAUUUAAUUGGUAGUAGUUCAGAAGAAGACGUUAUGUUAGCUAACAUAAAUGAGAUUAAAACGCUAAAAGACGAUAUUAUAAAUAUUAUAAACAAUAUGGACAUAUUUUCAACAGAAUCUGCAAAAUGUAAAGAAAAUUCUUCGACAUAUUAUAAUAAUAUAGUAAGGGGAAAAGAAAAAAUUAUUUAUCUAAAGAGAUAUAACAAAAGCAAUGAAAAAGAAAUAACAACAGAACUAAUAAAUGAAUUAAAUAAAAAUAUAGAGCAGUCUUCUUUUUAUUUAAAGGAAGCGGAUACUAGUGCAAGCGAAUCUAAUAAAAAUUGUCAAUUAACUUCAGAAUACAAAGCAAAAAUAAACAGUAUUUUAAAUGAAACUUUAAUAUUAGUUGAAAAGGUAAAAUAUAAAAAAAUAGAAAGUGAUACUACAAAAUUAGUAAGUGACAUUAAAAGUCAUUAUUCUAAUAUUAUAGAAUCUUUGGAAAAUUCAAUAGAAAAAAUAAAUAAUCUAAAAGAACAAAUUGAUGAAAUAAAAGAAAAAGAUGAUAAAACUAAUGAAAAAUCAUUGAACGCAUUUGUUGAACUAGAAAAAAUUAAAAAUAAUAUAAAUACCUAUAUAUUAGAAAUAAAUUCAAUGAAAACUAAUGCAGAUAAUGUUUUCAACUAUAUUGAAGGUGUAUCACAUUCAAUAUUAGAAAUAUCUGGAAGAAGUGAAGAUGAAGGUGUGUUAGAUGAAUUAAAAAAAGAACAAGAUAAUUUGAAGAGAAUCUCAGAAAUUUUUGAAGAAGUAAAAAAUAGAAAAAAAAAUCUCUUGCAAAUUGAGGAAAAAAUGUCAAGAGAAAUAGAAAAUAUAAUUUAUAAUAUAGAAAGUAAUUUAGAAAAAUUUAAAAAAUUAUAUGUAGAAGGAAUUAUUGAAGACAUAAAAAGGGAAGCUGAUCAAGAAAAAGUAAAUGUUGAAUCUUUGAAAAAUUCACUAAUUUCAGCAAUUGAUGUUUUUAUAUCCUUUUUCAAUAAACAUGGGUUAGAACAAAAUAAAAUUAUACAAGAAUUAGGAGAUUACAAGGAUAUGGUUAUUCAAAUACAUGAUAAAUUUGAAAAAUCGUAUAAAAAAUUAGUGGAUCUUGUAGAAUCUAUUAUGUUACCUUCUACAACAUACGACGAAGCAAAAAGUAAAAAAGAAGAAGUUAUAAAAGAACAAGAAAAAUAUAAAAAGGAGAAAGAUGAAAUAAUAAGAAUAUUAAAUGACGUUAAUAAUAUUAAAAAAAGUGAAACCUUAAAAUUUAUUUCUGGAAGAAAUUUAGAAAUAAAGAAAGUUUAUGAAAAAUACAAGGAGCAACAACUAAAAGUAGAGGAGUAUAUUGAAGAAAUUAAAAAAAUAUAUAGAAAUAUAAUAAAUUCAAGUGAUGAAAUUACUAAUGCUUUAAAUGACUUAGAUCAAGCAAAAAAUAAAUUCAGCGAAAUAAAUGGAAUUAAGAUAGAAUGCAUCUCAUAUAAAAAUAAAGUAGAUCCUAUUUAUAUGAAUAUUGUCGAAGGAAAAGAAUUUAUGGAUAUGAAUGAGGAAUCUGAAGGUUUUCAAAUUUUAAACGAUUCAAAAAAUAUUAUGGAUAAUAUUAAAGAAAUUGAAGAAUACAUAAGUAACAAAGAAAAUGAAGGUAAAAACUUAAUUAUCGAAUCCGAAGACAUCAUAGAAAAAUUUAAAUUUAGAAUCAAAUUAAGAGAAAAAAUAAGUGAAUCAAAAAAAAAAGUAGAUUACAUUUUUACAAUUGCACAGAAUGCACUAGAAAAAUGUAAAAAGAUUGAAGAAUUAAACACUGACGAUCAAAAUUAUUAUGAAAUUGUAAAAGAUGAAAAACAAUAUAUUAAUUUGAGAGAAUCAAUAGAUUCAUAUAAAAUACAAAAUGAUCAAAUAAAAAAUGAAUUAAAGAAAGAUUUAACUGAAAUUAAUUCUAAUGAUAUUAAAAAUAAUUUAAUUAAUUUAGAAAAAGUUAUUGAUGAAUCAAAAAAUUAUGAAUAUGAUUCCGCAGCGUUAAAAAAAGCAGAAAAUGACAUUGCUGAAAUUGUAGAUUGGUUAGAUGAUAAGUAUAAUAAUGUUAUAAAAAAAAAUGCUUUGGUUAAUCAUCUUAUAGAAUUAGAUAAAAAGGAUAAGUUUUCUUUGUUGGAUUUAUUUAUAACAACUAUGGAUAUUGAAAUAUCAAAAGAUAUGUUGCUAAUUCAAAAAAUAAAAAAGGAUUCUGAAGAAGUUAUAAAGUAUAUAAAAAAUAUCCAUGUCAUUAUAACUAGUGAUAUGGAUAAAUUAAGUGAAUUCAUUGAUAGUAACAUAAUCAUUUAUUCGCCAAAUAAUAUUGAUAUGAACCAAUAUGAAGAGUUUUUUAAAAUAAAAGAACAAGAAUCAAUGAAAAUUAUUAGUGAUAUGCGAACAGCAUUUUUAUCGAUAAAUGAAAAAAUAAAUGUAAAUAUUGUGAUAAAAAAUUUACAUUUAUCAAAUGAUCUUUACAAAAAAUUAAAAAUAGAAAAAAAAUCUAUUAAUGAUAAAUAUAAAAAUUUAAGUGACAUCAAAUUAAAAGAAAUGGAAAAAAAAUCAAAGAUAUAUUUGGAUAUAGCACAAUUACUUGAAAAUUUUCUAGGAAACCAAAAACAAAAAUUAAUAGAAAACAGUGAUAAUUUAAAGAAUAUUCAAUACUUUUUUGAAGAGAAAAAGCAAAUUCUUACUAUUGAGUUAACCGAUAUAGAUACGUCAAUACAUUUAGUUAGUGCGAUUUAUGCAACACUUCAACAUAAAAUUGAUAAAAAAAUUGGAAUAGAAAAUGACAAUAACAUCGAAUAUAAAAAAUUAACAAAGUAUACAGAAAAUAUUCCGCAUUUAAUAAAAAGAGUACAAGAUUUGUCAAGAGAUAUAAAUUUUAUUAAAUGUGAAAAUAAUUCUGUUUUACUGAAAGAAGAAAAUAAGAAAUUAUCGGAAGAAAUUCAUCACUACGUAAGUAGAAUUGAUAAAAAUGUGCGUGAAUCGAAUGAACAUUUUGAGAGCAUACAAGAAAAAAUAAAGAAAAAUAUGGACAUUAUAUCUGAAAAUAAAAAUAUGACACUUGUUAUUGAUGAUGUUAUACAACAUAUAACUGAUAUAAAAGAAAAAAUUCAAUCUGAAAAAGAUAAUAAAAAAUCAAAAGAAAAAAAAUUUCCUAAUGAUAAAUAUAAAAUAGCAGGAGGUGUAUUAAGUAGUUUGUUUCUAUGCUCAUGUGUAUUUUUCACAAUGUUGCACAAAAAUAAUUAUGAAGAAAGUGAUAAUAAUGAGGAAAAUUUGGAGUUUGAAGAAUGUGAAAAUGAAAUUUCCAAUUUAGAUGAAAAAGAAGAAAUUGUUGAUGUAUCAUUUGUUGAAGGCGAAGAUCUUUAA